AUGCAGGUUUUACCCGAAAAAGUAGAGAAAAUACUCCCUGCAUUGGAAAUUCGAGUACUGGUUUUCGCUAGCCUUCUAUUCUACUUUAUCCUCACACUAUUGGGUUCGCGACGAAGAUACAUAGCAGGAACCUGGAUAAAAAUUUUGGUGUGGUCAGCAUAUUUAGCAGCUGAUGCAACGGGAACUAUUGCCCUAGGCUAUCUUGUCAACGUGAACACAUGCUGUGAUGGUCCAUAUCCAAGCUUGCAACUCCAAGUAUUUUGGGUACCAUUCCUUUUGUUUUACCUCGGUGGCCCAGACACCAUCACUGCUUACUCUUUGGAAGACAAUGAAUUGUGGUUAAGACACUUUCUUUCGCUUCUUGUUCAAACUGGAUUAGCAAUUUACGCGAGCUUAUGGGCGUGGAACAAUUCUCUCCUCUCAGUUUUAGCCAUUCCAGUAUUUGUUAAUGGGAUUAUUAAAUAUGUAGAGAGAACUUACAUGCUUAGGUCUUCAAGCAAUCAGUGUUUUAAAGCUUCCGCGGAACAUGAUCCCAGACUGGUUCUCAAGGAUGAGGAAGCGGACAAAACCUCCCAGAUCAUUCAUGAUAAUUCCGCAGAAGAUGCUUUCGAAAUGGUAGCUAUUGAGCUUGGAAUCAUGCACGACAUGCUCUAUACCAAAGCAGCGUUUGUGUAUUCCCGAUGGGGACUCAUUUUCCGAUUCUUUAGCCUCAUUUCCUCCGUUAUUGUAUUAGUUAUCUUCUCAAUUUUUUCCAGUGAUCUUCAUGAGUCAGUGUAUGACAUUAUCCUGACUUACUCACUGUUAGCUGGGGCCAUAUUUGCCGAGGUUUACACAGUCAUCUAUCAUUUACAAUCUGACUGGACAAAACUGAUUUGGUCCAACUUCAAUACCCCAACUCCUAAAUUCUGUUCUUCUCUAUCACUUUUCACCAAUCAUAAGCGCUGGUCAGAAACUUUGGGACAGUUCAACCUUCUAACUUAUUGCAUCAAAGACUUGUCGACCACAUCUAAUGGUUGGAUUCACAAGUUACUUUAUUUGUUGAAUUUUAGUUUCGUAAGUCAGAAAGAUAUGAAUGGUGAACUGCAGGAACUGAUCUUCACGGAAAUAAAAAGGAAAAUACAACAUCAUUUUGAAGCUGUCUCAUUGGGUGAGACUGAGAGAGGCGAUCACCAUCGGGAAGCUGAAUUGUUGGAGUUUCGUAAAAAUGCAUUGGCUGAGAGAGGUGAUCACGUGCUCAAAAUAAGGUAUGGACUUGGUGAUAGGUUUGAUUGGUGCACAAUUAAGGUAGAAUUUGAAUACAGCAUUCUUGCUUGGCACAUUGCUACCGAUCUUUGUUACUACAGUGAUCUUGAUGAACAAGGAGACAAUAAUAAUAAUCUUGAUCCAGAUUGCAACCUUAGCAUAUGUUUGUCAGAUUAUAUGUUGUAUCUCCUAAUCGAAUGUCCACCUGUAAUGCCCAAAGGGAUUGGUGAUCUAAGAUUUAGAGAGACUUGUGACGCUACCGAGAGUUUCUUGAGGCAAGAUUGGUUUAACGUGGCCGUUGAAAAAAGUGAAGCGCUCAAGUCUUUUUUCAGGAGAGAGGCUCCCACCGACAAUACAGAUGAUUCUCUGUCGGUGUUAAGGGGUGGUCGUUAUCUUUUCAGCAAAUUACAAGCGUUGGAAUCCGAGAAUGGUUGGACUAAACAGAAAAAGUGGACGAUGAUAACUGAAAUGUGGGUGGAAUUAUUAACUUUUGCUGCAAAUCAAAGUGGAUGGACAGAGCAUGUUCAACAGCUGAAGAAUGGCGGAGAGCUCCUUACUGUCGUUCGUCUUCUUAUGGCAAAUCUUAGUUUAAGUGAACAAUAUCGUUCUUAUGGAAGGAGCAUUCCUUAG